AUGCUGGAAUGUCAACGUUGUGGGAAAGAAUUAAAAGACAAAAGAGCACUACGAUGGUCAUACUGUUGCUCUAGUUGUGAAAAAGAACAAAGUGUUUUAGAUACCGGUCUCUGUUAUGAUUGUUAUAUAAAUAAUGAAGAAUAUUAUGAUUCAAUAGAAAGGAGUAAGCUUUUUAUUGAUGACGACAGCAAAUUAUGUUCAAAAUGUGAAAAAUUGCAACUAGAAAAAAAAAGAGUAGAAGAAAUUAUUAAGAAAAAUAACAUAGUACAAUUUUUAAUUAAAGAACUAACUAAAACAAAUGAAAGAGUUAGUAUAUUGGAAGAGAAUAUCGUUCAAUUGCAAUUACAAUUACAAGAACAAAAAUCAGAAGAAAUCGAAACUACCCGCAAUAUUCUACUAUUUGGGAGAACAGGUAGUGGAAAAUCAACAUUAGCUAAUGUCUUAACUGGUAUUAAUAAAUUUAAGGAGGGAAAUUAUGCAGUUAGUGAAACUCGUAACAUUCAACAAGAGGAAUUUGAGUACGAAGGAAUUAAAUAUAAAGUAAUUGACACUGUAGGAAUUGGUGAUACUAAAUUAUCUGAAAAAGAAGUAUUGGAUAAGAUGGCUGAAGCUACCUAUCUCCUUAGAAAUGGUUUAACACAAGUUUUGUUCGUAACUAGUGGAAGGUUUUGCGAAGAAGAAAUAACAACCUACAAUUUAUUAAAAUUGGUCAUUUUUGAUGAGAAUAUUUCUGAAUAUACUACCAUUGUUAGGUCCAGAUUUUCUAAUUUUAAGGAUGAAAAAGAAUGCAAAAAUGACAUAAAAUUGAUGAAUGCUAAUAGCAAUGCAUUAAAAGAGUUGAUCAAGUCCUGCAAUAAAGUUAUUCACGUUAAUAAUUUAACAAAAGAGGAAGAUGAUACUUUAGAAGCACGAAAUGAAUCAAGAAACAUUUUAUUGAGCCAUUUAGCAACUUGUCAGGAAGUUUAUAAAACUCAAAGACUAAGACAACUUGUUGCUAAAAUUUAUCUGCCAAUGAGGGAAAAAGAAAGAAUACAGAGGGAAUUAAAUCUUUUAAUAAACUCAACUGAAGCAGACAGCAAAGAAGUAGAACAAUUAGUUCAAAAAGCAAACCAACUAGAAGAAACAAUUAGGGAUGGGACAUUGCAACACAUAAGAGAAAAACAACAAAAAACAAGUUGGACAAAAAAGGUAGGAACCGUAAUAGGAACGGUUGUAGGAACGGCUGCAGAAAAAGCUGCAGAAAAAGCUGCAGAUGAAUUUGCUAAUUCAGUC